AUGACACCUUUUCAAGCAGUAUAUGGUAGACCGCCCCCUACUAUUCCGUCGUAUAUCCGGGGAGCCACUUCAAUACAAGCAGUAGAGAAUGAUCUGUUGACGCGAGACGACAUUCUGCAACAGCUGAAAACUAACUUGCAACAAGCUCAAAAUCGUAUGAGGCAGCAAGCAAACAAGAGACGUAGGGAUAUUCAAUUCAAGCUGGGGGAUUUGGUAUUAGUUAAGUUGCAGCCUUACCGCCAAACAACAGUCGCCAAUAGACUUAACUCAAAGCUUUGCAGAAGAUACUUUGGUCCUUUCGAGAUUGUAGCCAGAGCAGGUCCGGUGGCCUAUACUCUUAAACUCCCACAAGGCAGCCGCAUUCACCCAACUUUUCAUUGGACUCUCAGCCCGCCCGAGGAUGCCACCUGGGAGGAUUUACAUUCUUUUUGCCGUCUUUACGACCUGCCCAACCUUGAGGACAAGGUUGUAUUCGGAGAGGGGAGUAGUGAUAGCCCAGCCCAGUUGACAAGCCCAAUUACAUUGGACCCUACUAGCAUAAAACACCAAAUGAAGAAGUGGGAAGAGUACUCAAACGUGGAAGGGCAGAGGGAAACAAAUGAUGCCAAGACUGAAGAAAGAGAAGGAGCUGGGAACAAGGAGAAGGAAUUGGCGCGUAAGGACAGGGUGCAAUUGAAAUUGCUAAAGGAGAUUUGCACUGUCUCGAAGAGUGCCCAUUACCAACAGAAGUUAUGA